AUAAACGAAAUUAUUAAAAUUUCCAGAACAGCGCGUUAUCCAUCACUUCCGUAAACUGCCAUUCACAAUAGUAGUUGUAGUAGCUUCUUCUUUUUAAUUGUAUUGAAGUCACAAUUAGUGGUACAGCAAAUCAUGAAUGACUUUUUAGGUCUAAUACAACGAAGAAAAUAAAUAAAAAUAUAAAUAAAAGAGUUUAGGACAACAAAGUCCAUCUAAAAUCGACGCACUGUAAAUAAAAGCAAAUUAUUCAAUGAGAUAUUGACAAAUAAGUAUCACUAAGCUGAGAGUUAGUGCCCAAUAAUGCCAACAAAUAUUUACCAUGAAAGACAGACGCGUCAGCUAUGCGCACUUCAUACACUUAAUAAUCUUUUCCAAGGUGAACAGUCUUAUACGAAAGAACAAUUGGAUCAAAUAUGCAACGAUCUAAGUCCAAAUGUUUGGAUCAAUCCACAUCGAUCUCCAUUGGGUUUAGGCAAUUAUGACAUUAAUGUUAUUAUGACGGCACUACAAUUGCGAAACUGCGAAGCAGUUUGGUUUGACAAACGCAAAGACCCGUCCUGCAUCGAUUUGAAUGCAAUUGUCGGUUUCAUUCUGAACGUGCCUUCGGACUACAAAUUCGCAUUCGUCACAUUGCCACUGCAGAAACGACAUUGGAUAGCCAUACGUCGUAUCGAAGGUAAAUACUACAAUUUAGACUCGAAAUUGCGUGAACCCGAAUGCAUUGGCGGCGAGACUGAGUUAAUAACGUAUCUGCGAGCACAACUGGAAACCAACAAGCGAGAAUUGUUCGUCAUAGUUGAGAAGUCGUCAGCUGAAAGCGAACAACAAAAUUCAAUUUGGUUGAAAACUGGAACAAUAGCGAAACCGCCAAGCGACGGCAAUGGCUCCAGCCAUAUAGCGUAAAGGAAAAACGAGACAAUUUAGUGAGUUCUCUAGUCGUUUUCCGCUUAUAAAAGGUUAAGAAAAAUGCGACAGCUUCAAAUGUAAUUGGCUUUCGUGCCAUUUAAAUGUUUUCACUUACUGCUUGGACACUAUUUUCUACGUGUAAUUCUUAAGGAUAAUAUAAUUAAUCUCGAACAAACUUUUGCGGAACCCCUGAAACCAAUAAUGUACAAGUACGGAACAAAUGCGCAAUGUCAACUAUACAAAUAUUUCGUAACAUAGAAUUGAGUAAAGUAUCAUUCAAUCAACUGAAGUAAAACUCUAACUGUAUAUAUAAAUUUGUAUGUAAAAAUCUUUAUUCGAGUUCUGUAAAAAUUAUAUAUAAAAGACAUAAUUUACGAAUAUAACAAUCUAUAAAAGACAAAAGUAUAUCGUGUA